AUGGCGGAACCGCGUCGUUCGUCCCGCGUAGCCAGCCGCGGCAAUGCCGCCUCCAACGGCACCGCUGCAUCUACAAUCGCAUCCACAAAGGCCGCCGCGCCUGCCGCAGCCGCAGCCGCACCCAAGGCCAAAGCCAAGCGACCCGCCGCCUCGGCCGAUGCGGACGACAAGACCAGUGCGGCUGCGGACGAAACGGCGUCCAAGAAAUCCAAGCCCACCCCUGCCGCCGCCGCCUCCGCCUCGUCGGGGGUUCUGACGGUCGGCUCUCCGCUGCCCUCUCUCUCGCUGAUCACAACGUCGGAUGCAAAGGUGGACCCGUCGACGUUCCGCAAGACGGUCAUCUUCACCUACCCGCGCGCCAACACGAGCGGGUGCACCACCCAGGCCAAGGCCUACCGCGACGCCUACGACAAGUACACCGACGCCGGCUACGCCGUCUACGGACUCAGCAACGACGGCGUCACCCCGCUCAAGAACUGGAAGGACAAGCUUGGAAUCAAGUUUGAGCUCAUCUCGGACCCCAAGAGGGACCUCGUCGGCGCCCUGACCGGGAGCAAGGACAAGACGCGGAGGUCGCACUUUGUCAUUGACGAGGACGGCAAACUCGCCCUCUCGAAGCUGAGCGUCAAGCCGCCGGAGAGCUCGAGCGACGCCCUCGCCUUUAUCCAGAAGAGCAACAAGUAG